UUCCAACCUCUUUUCAGGAUGUGGAGGGAACUGCGGAUGGUGGCUUUUUACCGGGCUGUCUUUGCAGAAAUCCUGGCCACAGCCAUCUUUGUCUUCUUCGGCCUGGGCUCAGAGUUGAAUUGGCCAGAGAAGCCCUCUGUCCUGCAGACUGCCAUCACCUUCAACUUGGCCGCAGCCACCGCUGUCCAGAUCGCCUGGCAUGCCAGCGGAUCCCACCUCAACCCAGCAGUGACCUUGGCCUUCCUGCUUGGCUCUCGCAUAUCGUUGGCGAGGGCAGCCUGCUAUAUACUUGCCCAGAUGGUCGGAGGCAUUGUCGGAGCAGCUGUCCUUUAUGAGGUGACUCCUGAGGACAUCCGAGGAAGUUUAGGCACCAGUACGGUAUGUCUGUCUCCGUUUCUGUCUUCUGAAUGUUUGCCGUCGUCGGGAAAGGCGAGGAUGAGGCAAGGCUUGUCUAAAACAGCCAGUCUGUACCUGGGAUGUUUCUGUUACUUUUUAAAAAAAAAAAAUAUUUCAUUAGAAGAAUGUCAUUCAUAAAAAGAGAAGAAAGGUGAGAAAAGGAAGGAAGGAAAAGAAAGAAAGAAUAUGGUUACAUCACCAUACCUUAAUAUACAGAUGUGUGUAUUUAUGGUCCAGCUCUCACUUCCAUACAUCACUACUGGGAAAACCAUAGCUUUAACUAUAUGGAUCUUUGUCAGCAAGGUGAUGUCUCUGCUUUUUAAGAUGCUGUCUAGGUUUGUCAUUGCUUUUCUCCCAAGAAGCAGGCGUCUUUUAAUUUCGUGGGUGCUGUCACCAUCUGCAGUGAUCAUGGAGCCCAAGAAAGUAAAAUCUCUUACUGCCUCCAUUUCCUCCCCUUCUAUUUGCCAGGAGGUGAUGGGACCAGUGGCCAUGAUCUUAGUUUUUUUGAUGUUGAGCUUCAAACCAUAUUUUGCACUCUCCUCUUUUACCCUCAUUAAACCCUCAUUAAAAGGUUCUUUAAUUCCUCCUCACUUUCUGCCAUCAAUGUUGUCUCAUCUGCAUAUCUGAGGUUGUUGAUAUUUCUUCUGGCAAUCUUAAUUCCAUAAAUCUAAGAGAUUGGCAGCUUUGGUGAUGGUAUACCGUGGUCCCACGAAAGCUCUUUCACUAUUUCCUCUUCCUCCUCCCCAGGUGAGGGUCAACGUCUCAUCCGGACAAGCUGUGUCCAUCGAGCUCAUUUUGACAUUGCAGCUGGUUCUAAGCUAUCUUGUGUCCACCGAUAGCAGCCGAAACAAAGGUUCUCCAGCUAUCCUGAUCGGUGUCUCCGUUGCCCUGGGACACUUAAUUGGGGUAAGUGGAGGACCUGGGGCAGUUUAAAAACUACAGGGGAUCUGAUGAGCAAAGGAAGAAGUAGCUCUUGCUGAUGACCAACUAAUCUGUAGAAUGCUGGAAGGAGAUGCUCAAAGUACACAGAAUACUCCUGUCCAAUGCAAAAUAAAAAUCAGAAGGGAAAGUUAUGUUUAACUAGGUGCUCAUUAAAGAGCUGAAUGCUCUUUAGAAGCAAAGUGUUAGGUAAAGGUAAAGGGACCCCUGACCAUUAGGUCCAGUCGUGGCCGACUCUGGGGUUGUGGCGCUCAUCUCACUUUACUGGCCGAGGGAGCUGGCGUACAGCUUCCGGGUCAUGUGGCCAGCAGGACUAAGCCACUUCUGGCGAACCAGAGCAGCGCACGGAAACGCCGUUUACCUUCCUGCCGGAGCGGUACCUAUUUAUCUACUUGCACUUUGAUGUGCUUUCGAACUGCUAGGUUGGCAGGAGCAGGGACCGAGCAACGGGAGCUCACCCCGUCGCGGGGAUUCGAACCGCCAACCUUCUGAUCGGCAAGUCCUAGAUUCUGUGGUUUAACCCACAGCACCACCCAAGUUUAAAUAGGAAAUGUGUUAAUUUUCUGACAAACCGCCCAGGUUUACUGGAGGGAUCGGUUUAUAAAUUGCACACAGAGGCAGUGGUAAAUGGCAAUUUUGUUUUGUUGUUUCGUUUUAUUGGGGGAAUAGUGGCAGCAGGCAGGCCCAAGGCAUCUUCACACCCACCCCAUGGCGCCCCUGAGUGGCAGUAAGAAUGAGCCCCAAAAUCCUAUAAUCAUUAGUAUUAUGGGCCUCCCCGACUGAGAACUUAUAGACAUAAUCUAGAUAUGGGUUAACUCUCUAAUGGGUGAGAUCUUGGAGAGCACCUUACCCAAAGAGUGCAGAGAACACCACAGAUUGCAGCGUGUGGAUCUUCCAGACAUGUGCAGAACUAAUGUGAGCCCAUUGAUUACAAGAGAAGGGAAGCACAGCAGCAAUUCUGCCAGUAGCCUAACCUACUCCAUUCUCAGAAGUCAGUCACGAGGUGGGGAACCUACAGAGGGGUCUUCUGAUCAGGGCCGGAUUUAGUUUUGAUGAGGCCCUAAGCUACUGAAGGUAAUGGGGCCCUUUAUAUGUCCAGCUGUCCUUCGUCAACAACAAAUUGUCACUGGUUUUUGUGUUGAAUAUAUGCUAUAUGGUAAUUUAUGGACCUAACAGGUAUCUAAAGCCGUUUGCACAGGUUGCCAUGCAACCAGUCCAUGCAGAAUGUAGGCACCCUGUACAGUGGUACCUCUGGUUGCAAACGGGAUCCGUUCCGGAGGCCCGUUCGCAACCUGAAAAGAACGCAACCCGCAUCUGCGCACGUGCGGGUUGCGAUUCACCGCUUCUGCGCAUGCACGUGACAUCAUUUUGCGCGUCUGCGCAUGUGCGAGCGGCGAAACCCAGAAGUAACCCUUUCUGGUACUUCCGGGUCGCCGCGGGACGCAACCUGAAAACGCGCAACCUGAAGCAAACGUAACAUGAGGUAUAACUGUAUAUAGAAAAGAGCAAACCAGUGAUAUUUUAGGGAGCAGGCUAGCAAGCGGAGCCCAUUACUUACAUCACAGGACCCUACACAACACAAAACACUGUUGCUGCUUGUAGGUUUUAUUUUAUUUGUUUUUUAUCUUAUAUUUUGGAAAUGUACAUCCAGGUUUUUUUUCCUUUACAUUUUUUGGGGGCCCCAAGCAAGUGGGGCCCUAAGCUACAGCUUGUUUAGCUUGUACGUAAAUCUGGCACUGCUUCUGAUGACUCCAGUCCUAAUGAGUAAGGGCUCAUCCGGACUUCCUAUUCUGCCACAUUCCUAGGCACAGGUCCAAGCUUUAAAGUGUUGUGUCCAGCGUUUUCCCUGUGAACACCCGCUCUUUAUCUCUAAAUUGGAACAAAUGGUAAUCCGCGGGGAACCUGAACUGCUGUUUGCUCCGAUUUAGCAUUAAAGAAUGGAUUUUCAUGGGGGAAAGCGCGGGGGGGAUGACGACAACACAAAAAGAAGCACACACCUCUGCCUAGAAAGCAUAUGGCAAAAUGUAAUUGUGGAUGAGCCCUGACUGUAGGUGACUUGUAGAAAUCUGGAUCCGGGGACCUGCUAUAGCAGGGAUGGGGAACCUAUAAGACUCCAGGUCCCAUCAGCCUCAGCCAGCAUGGCCAGUGGCAAGGAGUGAUGGGCACUGCAGUUCACCAAUAUCUGGAGGGCUGCAGGAUCUCCAUCCCUGAGCUCUUGGCAUGUUUGUUUUCUCCAAAAUUAUUGCAGCUCGAAGUGGUACAUCUGAUGCCCUUCACUAAAUGGAGAUUCAGAGAAGGGGGGAGGAUGAACCCUGCAAAAUAUGCUUGUCCAGACACAUCUCUUCCCAUUUCUCCUUCCUAGCAUUACUACACCACCUGUUCCAUGAAUCCAGCCAAAUCCUUUGGCCGUUCAGUUGUAGUCGGGAAUUUUACAAAGCAAUGGGUAAGUCGCCUCCUUUCUGACCCUUUUGCCCCUGUUACCUUGAAGCCAGAAGGGAGCGGGGAUUGUGUCCGUGGGGUGACGAUUCAGCCACCACCUGGGAUGGCCCAAGGCCUAAAAGAGGCCCCGAUUCUCCUCACAGAACCUAUAUAGGAAGGCCCAUAUGAUAUUGAGCGACAGAAUAAUCUGGCCACAAUAAGUAAAUUUUAUCCAUGGUAUGAUUAUUGUCCACCUAGUCAUUUGACACUCCGGCACCCUAUUUGCAAAAUUUAACAAUUCCAAAAUACAGAGGUGCUUUCACUUUCGCAAGAUUGUAUAUACAAUACUGCCUUUGGCUGUACUUGAGGGUCGAUUUCAAAAAAUUCCUCUGCAAAAACAGUUAAAUGUAUGGGAUGAAUGUGGCCUAAUUUCCCUGGAUCAGGGCCCCUUCCUUUCAUUAUGAUUCUUUUCUACCCCUAUGAAGUGGGAACAAGUGAUGUUUUGGGUAAAUGAACUGCAGCCUCCUCUAGCCUCAGCACAAACUGUUUCUUCUCUUUGUCCCUGCAGAUAUUCUGGGUGGGGCCACUGGUUGGUGCAAUCCUGGCCUUUGUGCUUUAUUCCUUUGUCCUUCACCACGACCCAAAAACCUUUGCGGAACGACUGGCCAUUCUCAGGGGCAGCUAUGAUGCAGAACCUUCAGAGAAGGAGAAAGACCAGCCGGCAGACUCUGUAUCUCUGCCCAUGCCCAGCCUUGUACAUAGACUCUAGACUCCUAGGAGCAUGCCAUGGAAGAACGUCGACGGCUCCUCCUGUUUUUAGGAAGGACUAAGUGAGAAACCACUCUUCUCUCUCUGGCCACGAGAGGGCUCCAAGUGCCCUUUCUCUCAAAUCUGAAGUCAGAUUGCAUAUGCACGGUGCCAAAUUUGCAACGACUCUUUUAGCAAGAGGAACGCCAGACAAUAGGAAUGGAUCUGUGGUGUGGUAUGGCCAGCAGGAGGCACUGCGUUAACACGCGUAUGCAAUGCAGGGGAAGGGCAGAGAGGAAGCCAGUUCAGAGGCCCAUCACUUGCGGCGCCCAGUGACUGUGAACGCUGGCAGCUAAGGUAGCAACGAUGGUGUUCUCGAGGUUUAAGUCUGCCGUCAUCUAUGCAAAACCAACUAGACCAGGCUUCCUCAACCUUGGCCCUCCAGAUGUUUUUGGCCUACAACUCCCAUGAUCCCUAGCUAGCAGGACCAGUGGUCAGGGAUGAUGGGAAUUGUCGUCUCAAAACAUCUGGAGGGCCGAGGUUGAAGAAGCCUGAACUAGACUGUGAGCAGUAGGGUCUCGACUCGCAGACUUUUCAAGUGUCCCAGGGACAGUCCCAGAUUUACAGAAGCUAACCCGGUUUCUGAUUUGAUCCCAGAAUGUCCCACUUUCCCUUAGGACAACCCUAUUUGCAUUGGAGACACAUUGGAGGGGAUGCGACUUCCGAUGGGGCCUCAGUUGACGAGGGUGGCGCUGUGGUCUAAACAUCUGAGCCUCUUGGGCUUGCCGAUCAGGAGGUCGGCGGUUCGAAUCCCCACGACGGGGUGAGCUCCCGUUGCUCUGUCCCAGCUCCUGCCAACCUAGCAGUUUGAAAGCAUGCCAGUGCAAGUAGAUAAAUAGGCACCGCUGCGGCGGGAAGGUAAACAACGUUUCCAUGCACUCUGGCUUCCUUCACGGUGUUCCAUUGUGCCUGAAGCAGUUUAGCUAUGCUGGCCACAUGACCCGGAAAGCUGUCUGUGGACAAACGCCGGCUCCCUUUGGCCUGAAAACGAGAUGUGCUCCGCAACCCCAUUGUCGCCUUUGACUGGAUUUAACCGUCCAGGGGUCCUUUACCUUUACCUUUUACCUCUACCCAUGCAGUCACCCACCAUAUAAAGCAGCACAUGUUGUACACGGUGCAAACUCAUACAUUCUACUGAGCGCACCAGUCUCUUUCCUUAGCUUACUGUCAAAGAAGCAUCAGGGAUGCUCUUAGCUAUGGACGUUUAUUUCCAUCAUUGGUAGUCCUUCGCACCUGCUGUGCUCUUCAUGACUCCAUGCAUGCAUUGCUAUUCAUGCUCAGCAGAGAUCCAUUUAAAUUAAUGGCCCUGACUAACUAAGGUUUACUAAUUUCAGUGGGCCUACCCUGGGAAAAACUUAGCUGGGUACAACCCUACAUUUCCAAAGUACUUCCAGAAGGAGCGUCUCUUUACGGGAUGCCAUGACCUUAUCGCAGCAGCAAAUGGAGUGAUUUCCAAGUCUGAGACCUUUACUGCUGGCAUGGGAGAAGGACGAUGAUCGAAGGAGGUUCAUCUGCAUCUUUUGCUGUGCAUAAUAUAGGCCAGUGAAGCCAAAUACCGUAUUUUUCGCUCUAUAAGAUGCACCAGACCAUAAGACGCACCUAGUUUUUGGAGGAGGAAAACAAGAAAAAAAAUAUUCUG